UUGAAAAUGUGGGGUUCAGAUGACGAGGGGGGAGAAGAGUACCUCUUCAAGAUCGUCAUAAUCGGAGACUCAGCGGUCGGAAAAUCCAACCUCCUUUCCCGCUAUGCUCGCAACGAGUUCAAUAUGCACUCCAAGGCCACCAUAGGCGUCGAGUUCCAGACUCAGUGCUUGGAGAUCGACUCCAAGGAAGUCAAGGCUCAGAUUUGGGACACCGCCGGCCAAGAGCGAUUCCGCGCCGUUACCUCCGCCUACUACCGCGGCGCUGUCGGCGCUCUCAUUGUCUACGACAUCUCCCGCCGAACCACCUUCGACAGCGUGGGGCGCUGGCUCGACGAGCUUAAAAGUACUUUCUCUCUCUCUCUUUCUCUCCCUUCUAUUGCCAGAUCUGAUCUUCUUCCCCUUCGCCGAUCCGAUUCUCUUCUUGUGCACUCCUACGCUAUUUUAUUUAUACGUGUCUUCUGCUGUCUACUUUUCUCUGUAAUCACCUUUUUCACAGGCUAACCUAGAACCACCUUUCAAUUUAUCGAUUCUCUCGUGCCUGCUGGUUGCAACUUCUCUUGUAGUUUCGUCUCACUCUCUCUACUUCUUCAUAAAGAUUCAAAGAGAUCGAUCAUAAAAGUAAAAAGUCCUAAUUAGAGAAUAGAUGUGGCAUCUUCGCAAGUACAGCUAUUUAGUUAGAUAAAUACAAACAUUCAUAGAGAGAGAGAGAGAGAGAG